AUGAAGCUGAGGAAGAGCGAGGAACCGCUCCCGGAGCGAGCGGUGACUCUGAUCCUUGUCCUCUGCGUCUCGGGGAUGAGAGCAGAAACCGCUCGGUACUCCGUGCCCGAAGAGGCGGAGAGAGGCUCUUUUGUGGCGAAUAUCGCUAAGGAUUUGGGGUUAACCGGUGAGGAAUUAUUGGUUCGUCAGGCUCGAGUCGUUCCUGAAGGAGAAAAGCAGUAUUUACAGCUGAACCAGCACACCGGGGAUUUGGUGGUGAGGGAGCAAAUGGACCGGGAGGAGCUGUGUGGACAGAGCGAGCCCUGCUUGGUGCGUUUUGAGGUGCUGCUGGAGAGCCCAUUGCAGUCCUUCCGAGCCGAGGUAAGACUCACCGACAUAAAUGAUCACGCUCCUGUGUUCCUAAAUAAAGAGAUAAUUUUAAAGAUGCCGGAAUCUGCAAUGCCGGGGACUCGGUUUUUGUUAGAAAGCGCUGACGAUCCAGACGUGGGCAACAAUAGUCUUCAGCAUUAUAGUAUCAGCUCGAACGAGUAUUUCCAUGUGUACACCCAGCGGCGGAAUGACGGCGGGAGGUACGCCGAGCUGGUGUUGGAUCGCGCCCUGGACCGGGAGCAGCAGGCAGAAGUUGCUUUUAGCAUCACGGCUGUGGAUGGUGGAACUCCACCGCAGUCUGGCACAGCUUUAAUCCGCGUGAUAGUCUUGGAUGUAAACGACAACAUCCCGAUAUUUACCCAGACUCUGUAUAGAGUCUCUGUAAAGGAAAAUAGCUCCCAGGAUACCAUAGUGGUGGUAGUGUCUGCUAGCGAUUUAGACGCAGGGACGAAUGGGGAAAUAGUGUACUCCAUAUUUCGAAAUUCAGAGGAUAAUCUCAAAACGUUUAAAAUAAACCCAGAGACAGGCCAGAUUCGACUCAAAAAGCCUUUGGAUUAUGAAGAAAAACCGACCUAUGAGAUAGACGUCCAAGCCACAGAUGGAGGGGGCCUCUCCACGCAUUGCAAGGUGGAGGUGCAGGUGAAGGACGUGAACGAUAAUGACCCCGAGGUGAUCAUCACCUCGCUCACCAGCACCCUCUCCGAAGCCGCCCCGCCCAACACCGUGGUGGCCCUCUUCAACGUGAGGGACCGGGACUCGGGGGACAAUGGCAGGACGACCUGCGAGCUGACAGGGGAGCAACCCUUCAGGAUCACGUUGCUGGCAGCCGACUCGUACGCGCUGGUGACAUCAGAGACGCUGGACCGGGAGCAGGUGGAGGAAUACAACGUGACGGUGCGAGCUCGCGACGAGGGCACCCCCGCCCUCUCAACAUCCAAGACCCUGCUCGUGCGGCUCUUGGAUGUGAACGACAACGCACCCACCUUCACCCAGCCCAUUUACACCAUGGUGAUGAGCGAAAACGAGCCUGCAGGGAGGAUCCUGGGCCGCCUCAGUGCCACGGACCCUGACGCGGGAGAAAACGCCCGAGUGAAAUACGCGCUAGUGCCGCCACCGACAGGCUCCCUCGCCGCGGCAUCAUUCGUGUCCGUGGACGCAGAGAGUGGAAUCGUCCGGAGUUUGCGCCCACUGGACUACGAGAAGGUCGCUGCUUUGGAGGUGACAGUGCGCGCAGCCGACGGCGGCUCCCCGCCGCUCAGCGCCCAGGCCGUGCUACGCGUGGUCGUGCGGGACGAGAACGAUAACGCGCCCGUGCUGCUGCACCCGCCCGCCGACAGCAGCGCGGCCGGAGAGCUGGUACCGCGCUGGGCACCCUCCGGAUACCUGGUGGCCAAGGUGGUGGCGGUGGACGCCGACUCGGGGCAGAACGCGUGGCUGUCAUACGAGCUGGCCAAGGCCACGGAGCCGGGGCUGUUCCGCGUGGGGCUGCACAGCGGCGAGGUGCGCACGGCGCGGGCAGUGACAGAGAGGGACGCGGCCCGGCAGAGGCUCAUCGUGCUGGUUCGGGACCGCGGGCAGCCGCCGCGCUCUGCCACUGCCACCCUCGCCGUGGCACUGGUGGACGAUUUCUCCGAUGCCUUCCAUCAGCUUGGCCACGAUCCUGCAAGCGGACAGCAGCCGCAGGUGGCCGACGAGGAAAUGCUCACGACUUACCUCAUCGCCUCCCUGUGCUGCGUCUCGUCCCUUUUCCUCUUAUCCGUCCUCGUCUUGACAGUGAGCACGCUCUGCAAAGCUCGCGUCCGGGCAGAACUUCCUCCUCCCUCUCCCAUCUGCUAUGCCGAUGGAGAAUUCGCCAGCAACGGCGUGGGCAGCACGGGCACUCUGUCGCCAGCUUACCGCUACGAAAUGUGUCUGACCAGCGGUUCAGGCAGGAGUGAAUUCCAGUUCGUGAGGCCAAUCUUGCCAAGCCCUCAUAGCAAUGCUGAGGAGGGGCUGGACAAGGACGAGGAGCCGCUACGCUACCCGCAGCCGGCCUGCGAUAAGGAAGCCCAGGAGGGGAGCACACCCACUCCUCACUUUUAG